GCCGGUUGUCGUCUCUUCAAAAAUAACAAGCAGCUGCCGAUCACCGGAUCACCGCUCAACAACCAGCUCAACGGUGCAACCGUUUCGCCGCUUGCGUUACCCGUGCAAGACCUCGUUUUACCGAGAACUAAUUCACGGAUUUCGCUCACACGUCAACAAUGGCCACGGACGAAAGUCACGGCGCAGGAUGCGCCGCAGAUGCCGAUACAACGGAAAAGGAUGAGCAGCAAACAAUGCGGAAAGCAGAGCUGGAAGAAGAGGCCAAGUUCAAGUCCAAAUACCCUGCAAACAUGAGGCCAGGAGGAUCUCUCUUCCUCCAGAAACGUCUGAACAAAGGGCAAAAGUACUUUGACUCCGGAGACUACAACAUGGCUAAGGCAAAAGGCCAAAAAGUGGUUCCACGGGUUCCUCCCGCUGUCCCCCAGAACCCCACAGGGGAGACCAUCCCCACAGUGGAGUCGCUGCCACCACGCAAGACCUCGCUGGUGCAGAGCAAGCUGGCCACGGGGCUUUCUUCCUAGGAAGUGCAAAGUGGGGCUGCCCGCCCUACGGGGCUCUGGGUGACUUGCUGUUGUUGCUCCCCUGCCCUCCAAGAUCCAAGUGCGACACCUAGAUGGUGUGCGUUUGCUCGUACCUGGAAGCACAGGGCUAUAGGAUCUGAACUGGUCAGGUGCUUAUAAGAUCAACCAGUCCCACUUUCGCUCUGUUUGGCAAGACCGGGCCAACUGUAGGAGCAAGCCAUUGAUCUGGUGUUUUUGUGUUCUGGUAAAAGUUCAAAGGUGAAUGUACCGGUGCCCCUCUUGUUCAUUUCAGCUGUCCACUUCUGGUGGCAUCUCGUGCUUACAAUGAAUUCGCUAGCAUUGCGGCUGUUGUGAUGGAUAGAUUUUGCAGCAGUAUUAGUGCUUGUAAAAAUAGUAGUGCUAAAGGCUCGCCUUAUUCAGCAGUGAAAUGGUGCAUCUAUAUACAAGAAAAUGCACUCUUUUAACAUUUUUACAGCUCCGUUAAAACAAAAUUAUUUUACAAAACAGUGCUCCUCCAAAUCAAGUUUAAAGUGAACUAUAUCUAAAUGUGUCAGCAUUUAGAAGUCUCUAAUGUAGUUCAGAAAUUUUUUCUUGGUAAAUAUUAUAAGAAGUGCUUCGCUGUUAAAUGUACAAUUUCUGCAAAAGCAAAUUGCUUAACACUGGCCAUGUAAGCCUCGCUGUACAACUUCAGUGCUGACAGAUCUUGUGAAUCCGUACGAGUUCCUGGACACCGUUCUUAAAAUUUAACCACUUCUUUAUAAUUGAGUUGACCUCGUGGCUUUACUGCAGCUGAGUGAAAGUGCUUUCAAGUAUCUUCUCUGCACUUGCAAACACACAUGUCGUUGACGUACAUACACGCCCAGAAGGAUUUGGUCAAUGCUGCCAUGUCAGUUACUUGUUGUACCAUGUGGAUACCACGUCCUGUGCAUUUCUCAAGCAUGACUCAACUGUUUGAGCCAAAACAAUGUGUAAAUAAAGCCUGUACAAACAUUUAUGUGCCAUAUUGGUAUUACAGUGUUCAGCCAGAGCUUCAAGAUCACAUUGUACACUUGUUUGUCUCCUAGCCUUCCGUUCUCUCGUCCACUGUGUGCACGCCGAAACGUUGUCAAACCAAGAAUGUUGUCAAAACAGCUCGUCCAACUUUCCAUUUUGUUACAUUGUACACUUGCAAUAGUAUUACAAGUUUUACAAAUGCGGAUUAGUUUGGGAGCACUAAGCUUAAAAUAAAAAACAAUGGAGUAAAGCAGUGAAAUUUAUCAUGAGUCAAUGUACAGCCAUAUAUUGCAGUACCAAGGCCUCUCCCGAUCUUCAACCCAGACUGUCCUAUGCGAGCAGAUUGGAUUUUAUGCCUCUAAAUUAUAAGUUUUUGCCAUCAUUACCUGCACUUCACAUAUCCUUGUGUGCAUUCUGAUGCUCGAUCUGACAAUUGGUGAUCUGCGCUCAUGAAGUGAACAUCUCUGGACUACUGUUUCCUUUUAAAGGAGCCCUGAAACACUUUUCCAAGUAAUUAUCAAUUCAUUAAAGGAGCUUAUUGCAUC